AAUUUUGUAAACACAAGUAGCUUUCCAAGUGAACACAACGUUUUGUCACAGUGACAUACACAUUUUAUUCACUUUUUCCAAAAUUGUCUAUAUUUUAACCCGAAAACAAAAAAAAACUGAAACUCGAAAAUUUAUGCAUUUUAUGCAACCGGCCUUUAGAAGAAUCUCUUACAGAAGUAAACUCCACCAGAGAACCACAUCAUGCUCAAGCUAAUAACGUUAAUAAAGUCGCGAUCGAAGAAAUUGGGAGUUCGAUGCUAUCAGAAUCGACUACCCACCGUUUUAUCGCAGAAAACGAACAGUGUUGGACGGUUCGGCGUCGGUAUGGUCGCCUGCGACAUCAAAGACUACACCUUGUGGCGGCCCCGCCCCCGGCAGUUGCACAUCAAUCGGUUCACCGAUCGCAACGGACCGUCUAACUCCGAUGCCGGAUCGGAGGAGCAGAAUGGCGAAGGCGGAGAGGGUGCCGACUGGACUGCCAACGAUGGAACGGUCCUGCGUUGGGGUAUAGCGCCAGUCAGCCUUAUGGCUGACGAUUUCGCCACGGCGCUCAGUGUCCUGCCGCCGAACCAUCACCGUAUCGUGUCCUGUGUGGCAGCCUACCAAUCGCAUGCUCUGGCCUUCGCGGAGCGUCAUCAUGUGGAGAAUGUGUACACAAGCUUUGAGGAUUUGGCCAAGUGUCCAAAUGUUGAUGUCGUAUACAUCUCGCCGCUGAACCCACAGCACUCGGAGCUGUGCCACCUGAUGUUGAAUCACGACAAGCACGUUCUGUGCGAGAAGCCGCUUUGCAUGACCGAGGAUCAGGUGAAGAAAGUGCUGGAAAAGGCGCGGGCGCGUCGUCUCUUUCUCAUGGAGGGUAUGUGGCCCAGAUGUGUGCCAGCAUACCAUUAUAUACGCCAUCAGAUCCUGCGGAAUCGCCUCGGAGAGCUGCAACAUGUGCACUGCACCCUAGGGCUGCCCAUUGCUCACAACCGGCUGGCUCUUUACGGCGGAGUCACUACCGACUUUGGCGUGUACGGCCUUCAGCUGGCUUUGUGGAUUUUUCGGGAGGUGCCGCGCAGCAUCCAGGUCAGCGGGCGGGUCAACGCGGACAAUGUGGACGUGGCAGCAGAUAUAGAGCUUACUUUUAGCCGCAACCAGAUAGCCACCAUUGAAGUUACUUCUGAAAAGCGGCUUAGCAAUCGGGCCAUAAUCCAGGGAAAAGAUGGGUGCAUCAAGAUGACUAAUUAUUGGUGUCCCACUCGCCUGGUUACCGAAGAGGCCGACUUUGAGUUUCCGCUUCCGGGGUCGGACCAAGCCCUGCCCACUCACUACCACAACAGACUGGGCAUGUGCUACGAGGCCGACGAGGUGAGAAAAUGCAUCCUGGGGGGUAGGAACGAGAGCGACAUGUUCAGUCACAACGAGAGCCUCCUGGUGGCCAACUUGAUAGACUCCAUUCAUGCCGAGCUGGGCGUUGGUAGCUAUGCAGUUACCCAUAAAGUUCCCGAUCUUCAGAAGGAGAUCGAGUGUGCCCGGGACAUUGUCGAGGAUCCCGAGGAGUUGGCCAGUGAGACGUGUCGCGUGGUGCAGAAAAUUGACGUCGGCGAGACACUCCCGCCGCCGGAAACGCAGAAGGAGCUAGCAAUGGAGGCCACCACACACACCAGACCCACCGUCAGUCAGACGCCUCCUUAGGGGGCGGGGUGUGGGCGGGUGUGUGUGUGUGUUAAUUGUAUAAGCUCCAAUUGAAUCAACGGAUGCGUAAAUAAAACAGAAGUAUUCAUGGAAAUUACACAAAAA